AUGGUUAAAAAGUUUCCAGGAAUAUUUUCUUUAGCUUUCGUUUGUACACUUCUUGGGGUCGUAAGUCGUCUCGAGAGUGUUGAAGCCUACGCGUGUGACCCUACCACUUGUCAACCACCAAAAUGUUUUUGCCCUACUACUAACCCUCCGGGUGGUUUGUCAGUGGACAAGACACCACAAUUCUUCCUGUUAACAUUUGAUGAUUCGAUUCAAGAUCGUACCAUACAGGUUGUAAAGCAACUUCUUGGAAAUAGAUUAAAUCCUAAUGGAUGUCCAAUUAAAACUACUUAUUAUGUCAGCACUCAAUACACUGAUUUUUCAAUGGUAACUGAAUGGUACGCAGCUGGACAUGAGGUUGCCGAUCAUACCAUGACGCAUCCACAAGAUCCUUUUGAUGAUGAAAUUAUUGGAAACAAAAAAGCUCUCAAUGCUUUUGCUGGUAUUCCAAAUGGCAAAAUUUCAGGAUGGAGGUCUCCUUUCCUUAAUUGGCAACCAAAAACUUUUGACAUCAUUGCCGAACAAGGAUUUCAAUAUGAUUCCUCAACGACUGCCUUAAUUGAAGACGCUACUUGGCCUUAUACUAUGGAUAAUGGUUUAUAUAAUGAUUGCUAUAAAAAUUUUUGCGAUACAGUUAAACAUCCCGGUUUAUUUGAAAUCCCGAUGGCUGCUAUACUUGAUGAUACGGGUGCACCACAUUUAAUGGAUCCAAUGCUUGACGGACCACCCGAAACGGUUCAGAAAUGGUUACAAGACAAUUUCAUUCGUCAUGGAAAACAAGGAAAAACUCCCUUCGGUUUAUACCUUCACCCAGUUCAACUUUCCGCAAUAGAUGGUCGUCCAGAUCCAAAACCAAGUAUUAAAAUGAUUGAGGACUUUUUAGAUUGGGCACUCACUCAACCAGAUACUUGGUUUGUAACCAGUCAACAGUUGUUGGCAUGGAUGCAAAAUCCGGUUCCAGCCGAUCAACUUAAAGAUUAUGCACCUUUCUCAUGCCAGGCUCCUAAAAUUGGAAAAGAAAUUUGCAAUGGAUUGGAUGAUGACGGAAACGGGACAAUUGAUGAUGGUCUUAGAGAAUCAUGUAAUUUCAACACUGAAGUAUGGAGUACUUGUUACGGAUGUCCUAGUGCUAUCCCAUCUCUUAGCAAUCCUGUUCCAGAGGGUGGUAGCCGUGCCCGAGUUCCAACAACUUGUGAUACGGUUUGGUGGGAUCCCAUUGGUAAUCAAUGUCUGUGUCAAAGUGAUACAUGCGCGUACACUGAUUUAAGUAAAGCACCGGGUUUGGUUGGAAACAGCACUGGUGGUUCCGAUAAAAAAGAUAAUGGUGGUAAAUCAAACGGAGCUAAUUCAAUAACUGGUUGGG